AAUUAUCAUGUUAAUCACUUCAAUUACAUUUUAUCGUUUAAUGUAUUUCAAUCUAUUACGUUGUUAAUUGUGUUCGUGUUCAUCUUCCGACUCAAAGUAAUAAUAUUACAAUUGAAUCAAUAAUAUUUAUUUAUUGUCCAUUGUUACACUUAAUUGUCAUGGCAAUUAGCUGAUUGUAACAUGAAACUUACCUAUUCUGGAAUGAAAUCUCCUGAGUGAUUAAGUCGGUAAUUUGCUGAUUGUCAGUUCUGUCCUGGGACAAUUAUUGAUGAUCGUUAAUUAGAUUUGAGACAAUUUAUCUUCUCAAUUAGUUUGGUUUUUAUAGGAAAUAUUUUCCAUUCAAUAUCCUCAUUAAACUCACAAUGUAAAUCAUCAAUUACUUUCAACAAUUAAACAAUUGUGUUUAAAAGUCCCUGUGAAACUUUAACUGUAAGAUGUUCAAAUCGUCAUCUCUUCAAAUGGUGACAAUUAAAUUACCAGGAACAGUAACUAAUUAGUAUAGACUAUCAAACCAUUGAACGAACAAAAAUUACAAUGGAAUCAAAUUAUUGGAUCAAGUUUAGAAUUCAAGAAAAAAGUAAUUUCAAUUGGUUACAUCAAGGUGAUAAAUUGGCUUGAGAAAGAUCUAAUUAACUUGUGAAAAUCUUCCAAUCAACAAUUGAAAGCAGCAAAAGAGAGAAUCAAUUGUUUCCGUUUUGUAUUUACCUGUUGUUUUCUCUCAAACCCUGUUAACUAAUUAACAUCAUCCCACACCCUUUGUCACCAUGGAAAGUAAUUUAAUGUCACUGGUCAUCAAUUCAUCUUGUAUAUUGUUGUUAUUGUUCACAAUUAAUGGUUAUGUUUAUGGUUCCAGUAAACCAGGGGACGAUGAGAGUUUACAUGAGAGUCAAAUACCUGCGCCAGUAUUUGAUGGUGAAAAUGAUGGUUAUUCACAACAACCAACACCAGAAGAUAUUCAAACUGAAUUAUCUGGUCUUUAUCAGAAAUAUGAUGAAAAUGGAGAUGGACAAUUGACCAUAGAAGAAGUGAAAAAUUGGUUAGACGCGAUGCACUUUGAAAUAACCAAAGAAAAUCUUGACCGUCAAUGGGCUUUCUAUGAACCAGUUCUUCAAGAAGUACAUAGUUGGCAUGAAUAUAAACCAACCGAAUUGGAAGUUAUUGAUUGGGAAAAGUAUAAGAAUAAAACCUUCACCGAGGAAAUGAAGGCCGAAUCGGGUUCUGAUCCUGCGGAUAAAUUAGUUUGGGAGACAAUGUUAAAUCGAGCUCAGAGACGAUGGGAAGUCGCCGAUUCCAACAAUGAUACCAUUCUAACCAAAGAGGAAUUUAAAGAUUUCAUGUGGCCUGAAGAGUCUAAAUCAGAGGUUGUCAAGCAACGAUUAGCCGAAGAGGGUCUCGAAGACAUGGACACUGAUGGCGAUUCCAAAAUCUCAAUGGACGAAUACAUGAAACAUUUGAUCUCAAUCACACCAGAAGGAGAUCGAUCUGAACCAGAAUGGAGUGAAGUUCAAAAAAAUCAUUUCGUUACUCAUCUUGAUAAAGAUAAUGAUGGUCACCUGAAUCCCAAGGAACUUGAAUAUUGGUUAACCGUUCAAACGGAAAGGCAUAACGAAGAAGCCGCUCGUCUUGUGGCCUCAGCCGAUGCCAAUAAAGAUCAACUAUUAUCUCAUGAUGAAUUGAUGGAAGCAUAUAAUAACUUUUUCACUUUAAUUCCGCCCAAAUUUUGGAACAAAUAUUAUCCAGAGGAACAAUUGUUCGGACCAACUACACCUCAUGAUGAACUUUAAUUCCCAAACUUACAAAUUAAUUGUGAAUCUUUCAAAAUGACUUUUGGUCCUUCGUUUUGUUAGAAAUCAAUCCUACAUUCGAGCAGUUUAUUUAUUCAUAAUUUAACUCAACUAAUUCGUUGUGGUCACAAGAGAAAAAGAGUUUAUAAAAAAAAUUCGAUACAUUGGAAAUAAUUUAAAAUUGGUUUUCCCUUUUCAAAAGGAUGAAAAUUCCUUAAUUGUUGGAGGGUUAAAAGGUGGUCAGUUAAUUAUAACAUGUUCCAUUUUUACCAUCGA